AUGGCAAAUAAUGAUAAUGAAUUACACAUAAUAAUCGAGGAUCCGCAAUAUAAAACAAACGAAGUCGUAGGGAAUUCCUUUAUGACCUACAGAGCCGAAUUCUGGAGGAAUAAUAUCGAACUUUUAUCCCAGGAAAAAGUUUCUCAGCAAGAUGUCAGUGUGCUUGCUGCGUAUUUUUGGGGCAAAAUGGAAAACGAUGUCAAAAAUACGUACACCGUACAAUCGCAAAACAAAACCAAGAAAUUGAAACGAGAAUUGGAAGUUAUUCAAGUUACUGGCCAACCAUCAGUUCACGAUAAUGAAAGUCCUCUAGGACGUAAGAAAAGGCAAAAGACUGAAAGAAAAGUUCGAAAAGAUAAGAAGAAAAAAAAAUGUUUGCAAAGUGAAGUCAUGGAAAAUCAGUCAUUGUCAAAGAUUGUUGAUCAUUUCAACACUGUCAGCAACGUUAAUGUUGCUACACCGGUUGCCAAUGUUCCACCUUCGACCGAAAUUCAUUUCGAUGGGAAUUAUGAAUAUUAUCCGUAUCUCGUCAACGAUUAUUUUUAUUUUCCCGUUGAAAUCAACGACGACAAUAUCGUCGAUUAUUUUCCCGUAGAUCCUUAUUCGAAUGUAGAUUUCACCCAAGAUAUCUUUGUUCCUAAUAUACCGUAUGAAAUUUCCAAUUAUCCAUUCACUUUUUAUUUUUUUAUAAAUAAUUCGCUUUAA